AUGGAUACACAAGCCUACCUAAUACGUCACGGCUGGUCCGGCCCCGGCAACCCUCUGAACCCGAACCAGCGACCCGGUCCACACGGCGGACUGGGCCUCACACGGCCGAUUCUCGUCGCCCGCAAACAGAACAACCACGGCGUGGGCAAAAAGACGACGAAGGAUCCGACGAAUCAGUGGUGGUUGCGUGGAUUCGAGGAUGCGCUGAAGGGCAUCGGCGAAGAAAAUGCUGACGCGAAGCGUUCGAAUAAUGCGCUGACCAGCGAGCUGUACCGGUUCUUCGUGCGGGGCACAGGGCUGGCUGGAACGAUUGCGGAGAGGGAAAAGGAAAAGCAGAAAACUGAAGCCAAGGUGAAGGUAAAGCGGAAGAGGGAGGCCGAAGAUGAUGGGGACCGCCAGGCCAAGAAAGAGAAGAAAGCUGCUCGCAAAGAGGAGAAACGGAAGCGCCGCGAGCUCAAGAAUGGAACUACAGAGACUGGCUCUACGCAGUCGUCGAGUGAGACCUCCAACUCAGAGAAAUGCAAGGAAAGCAAAGAGGAGCGGCGACUGAGGCGGAAAGAGAAGAAAGAAAAGAAGGAGAAAGAAAGACGCAAAUUAGACGGCGACGGUGCAGUGGAUGCUGCAAAGAAAGCAAAAAACACCAAGCAGUCAGCCGUCGAGGAAGGUUAUCCCACACCCAUGUCAACAGACACCGAUUCGGACUCAGGCCGACUGGACUCUACUGCGACGGACGACGACUCUGCACGGACAAAGGAGAAGAAAGACAGCAAAGAGAAACGGACAUCUCGAGAGAGCAAGAAGUCCAAGAAGAAAGAGAGCGGGGCGGAUGUCGAAUCCAAGGGGACGAAAAAGUCCAAGAAAGACAAGAAGACAUCCGAGUCUAAAGAUGUCUGA